UUCUCCUGUCCGUGUUUUCCAGAGUAAAGAAUGCAUAUCCUACAUCUGACCAGCGGAUGACCGUUUUCAGUUUGUGAGUCUUAAGGAGGAUUGCGUGCCAGAACACAGCAUAGGAUUAAAAACAAAACUGCGUGCGUAAUUUUGAGAGAAUGUCAGAAAGAUGGAAAGAAGAAUACAAUAGAAUUUUUACGAUUGACUGUUUCUGCUCUUUAAAACGUGGAUAUUUUUUUGUUCAGUGAUUGAGGGGCGAAUUACUCGGAUCUGUGGCCAGAGGCAUUCGGAAAUCGGGAUUGCCUGUUACAGCGUUUCUUUUAAUUGAGAAGGGGCGUCAUGAGCGACAGCACCAGGUCCAGCCGUGUCAUAAGCCCCCCGAGCCCGGAGCCGGGAAACCUGCCCGGCUCAGCGCAGCUCUACGACGGGCGAUUCACCCGCACGGCGCCGGGGCGCCUCACUGUCGCCGAAAUUGUUUUUGGCCUUCUGGUGUGGAUGCUGAUCGCGGGCACGGAUUACUCCAGUGUCCCGGCACUGGGCUGGGUGAUGUUUAUAGCGGUGGUCUGCUGGCUGCUGACUGUAUUCUUCUUCAUCAUGUACCUGACCUCGGCCUACUACAGGAUCCCUCUGGUGCCCUGGAGGACUGUGGCAUUGUUGUUUAACGGUAGUGGCGCCGUACUCUACUUGGUGGCCAGCAUCCUGGACGCAACAUCGCUCCAUCGGGCCAGAAGAGGGCAGCACACCUUCCACUGCUGGGCAGCUUCCACUGGCUUUGCGGUCUUGGUGACUCUCUGCUAUGUUGCUCAUGCGUUCAUCAGCUUUAGCGCAUGGAAAUCAGGAAACCACGAACAUCAGCAAGCGUGAAGGUCAUGGAACACGUGACCUCCCUGCACCCGAAGUACACUUGGACAGUGAUGUGGCUGAGAAGACAUCAAUCACAGCAAACAGCCACUAGUGCUUCAGACAGCUACACAUUUAUACAAAGCAUAAGACUUUCUUGCAAGAUGUUUGCAAGUAUGUUACAAUGGAAUCACAACAAGUAAAGACAUCUGUAAGAUUUUGUUUAUUGUGUGCUGAAAAUAAUAAGCAUUACAAUGAAAUGAAAAUAAUAA